GAUAAUUCAUAUUGUCGCAAUAGUUCGGGGGGGGGGGGGAACGUACUUUUUCCAUGAAGAAUAGUUAUGAAACAAAAAGAAACCCCAUAAAAGAUUCACUACUAUUAUAGAUCUCAACGAUGCACUUCUAGACAUUAAUCCUUUCUUCCUACAUAGUUGGAACCCCCUAUCUACAUUUACUACUAUAAAGCAGCUCUAGGAGUGAGCCACGUCAUCGAUUAAACCAAGCCGUCCGAUUUAAUCUGUAGUAAGAGACUCAGCUGUGCGAUUUAUUUCCAUUCGACGGGCGGUACCCACCACGCCUCCCUAUCAUCUUUCGUAAUUUUCUACGUAAAACCCAGCAGGCGAGGCCCAGUCCAAGAUUUUUGCAUCGGCCCAUCCACCACCACGGGUAAAGCGGCUGCUCCACAACCACAACCCCGAGCCGCCAUCUGCACGAGUUUGCGACGCUAGCGAUUCGCGAGAAAAUCAUGGCGUUCACCUUCCCCGGCUCUUCCGUCCCUGAAUCGAGCAUUCGUUCUUCAAUAAUUGCACCAAAAACUGUCGCCAAGAGUGUGGAGAUCAGAGGCCACGUCCCAUGAUUAAUCCCAUUUAUUCCCCUACUAAAUUUCUUUGAAUUCAUCCAGAUUUUUCAGGGUAUAAUCACAUAUAAGUUGCAGAUGCCAGAGAUCAGCCAGCACUAUGUUUGAGAGAUUUUUCAGCGCAUGUGUUCUAGCGGUGUGCAUCUCAUCUCCAGCGAAAACAAGAUUCAUGGUCAUCAAUCGUAUCGUUUCUAUUUGGAACGACGAUGAUUGAUAUCUUCCCCUGUCGGGCAAAUUCUACAGCAUGCGCCUCCUUUGCUUCACAUUGUGCUUUCCAUGGACCAGUUUGACAUCAGCUUUCAUGUGCUGAUGACGCUCCAUUGACAUGCAACAGUAUGUGCAUUCUUAACUAUUUUACUGCUAUGUGCUCUUUUUCUCUUCCAGUUCCUCUCAUUAGUUAGUUAUGGUGGGUAUGUUAUAUUAGUUCUUGAUUUACACCAUGGAUCAAUAACUAACGGUGUUGCAAUACCCAUUUAAGUUUUUGCAUUUUGUUCAUUUUUCAUUUUGUUCCCUAUUUCAUUGGUCUGCUACUGAAAGCUGAAAACAUAUAUACAUGCACAAGCACCAAUACGUGAUUUUGGUAUGUCGCUAACAGUGUUUUGGAAGUCAUGGAUAUAAUACUAUAAAGACUCAUAUUACAGUGCUCUUAUAUUAUGUACAAAGUUUAGUUUUGGUUUACAAUGUUGCUUCAUCAAUCAAUCUCCUCAUGUAUUUCCGCAGCAACGCACGGAGUAUCACCUAGUUUUUGACUUAAGUCUUAGAGUCGUCGUACUAUUAAUAGGGGUUCAUGACGUUAGCCAAAGACCAAAGUUGGUGUCAAGUACUCAAACCACGAACAAACUUGACAAGUUGGUCAGAACGUACAUACAAAGUUCCACAGAAAACAGUUCAUCUAGAAGCAUACUAGAUGCCGAAAUUACAAUACUGAUGUACCAUGAUGUGCAAGAGAAAAUCACCAAGGUAGUGUUUGGUUGGUGGGAUGGAACGGGAUGGGUUGGGUCGAUCCCAUUUUUCCAGUUGUUUGGAUGGAGGGAUGGGUGGGAUGGAAUGAUUCUAGAUGGGAAUAUUCUCUCCAGAUCCGGGAUGAAGUGAUCCGCCAAAAUCGGCCGGACCAAUCGAUCCCACUUGGAUGGAGAGAACGGCGUCACUCGCUCCAGCCACCUCCCGCUCGGUUCUGUCGUGGCGCCGCCCGUACCCUGCCGCCGCUCCUCCGCCUGGACGCCGGUCGUCUACCUCGACGUCGGUCGCACUCCUCCGCCUGGACGCCGGUCGUCUACCUCAACGUCGGUCGCCGCCGCUACUCCGCACGCUGCUCCUCCGCCGAGUCGCCGCCGGCGAAGCUGCGCGUGCUCGUGCCCGCUGAAUCGCCUAUCGGCGACGCUCCUUCGCCCGCUCGCCGAGUCGCCGUCCGCUCGCCGAGUCGCGCCGCCCACUCGCGAAGCUCUGCGUGCUCGCCCCUGCCGAGUCGCUUGCCGGCGCUGCUCCUUCGCCGGCCCGCUGAGUCACCGGCUCCUCUACCUGCUCGCUGCCGUCCUGCUCGUCGAGGCGAGCUCCUUCGUCGGCCUGCUCCUCCGUCCGGGCUCAGUAGCGGCGGAUCCGGGGAUGGGGAGUGCUGCGGCGGCGGAUCCGGAGAUGGGGAGGGCUGCGGCGACGGAUCUGGCCUCUCCCUCUCCGCCGCGGACCUCGCCGAUGCCGUCGUCGCCGAGCCACAGCUGCUCGCAGUGAAGGCCGACACCAUUGCCCGCCGCAGAUCGGCAGCUCCCUCCUGUCUGGCGGCGCGACGCAUCUCGGUGGUGGAGAGGGAGGUGAGGGCAGAGGCGGAGGUGGCCAUGGUUAUUGCAAACGGCGUCGUCAGUGGUUGCAAACGGUAUUCAUCCCAUUCCUCCCUCGUCCCUUCAACCAAACAAAAAAACUGGGAUCGUCCUAUUCAACAAACCAAACACACAGGUGGAAUCGUCCUAACCCCAAAAUCAGAAAUGGUUUCAUCCCAUCCCACCUUGUCCUAGAACCAAACACACGCCAAAGCAACACACACAGACCACCUAUCUCUUCCAACGUUCGCCUCACCUGCCUCCUUAAAACGUGUAACAUAUUGUCCUUCAAUACAAGCAAUUAAAGCUACUGCUGGAAUUGCGCAAUAAUAGUAGGGCAUAUUGUUUGAUAGCAGUUCAAAAUAGCCGAAAGAACUGAUUUGGGUUGCUCUCCUACUAAUGUUUAGGUAGUGCCGAAGUUUUGAACCAUACUAUACCGAUAUUUUGGCAGUGCUCACACUUUUCUAUUAUUGACGCAAAUUGGAAUCAUAUCAAACUAAUUUCUUUUCUCUCUCACACGCCAAAAUGCCAGCCAAAAAUUUUGAACUUUGACACUACGAAAAUUCUAGUAGGGUACUAAACCGAGCCCAUCAUCGGUUUUGUCACUGGCUUAAAGCUCAGUUCGUUAGAGAGUUUAGACGUGUCAACUUCAUCGCAUAAAAAAAUGAGAUAAACCAUUAGUGCAUAACUAAUUAAAUAUUAAUCACUAUAAAUUUUACAAUUGAGUUUUUUUAUCUUUGUUAAAAAAACUUCUAUACCAAAUGUUUUCUUUAAAAUACAUAUUAUUUAGCCGUUUGAGAAGCACAAUAAAAAUAUAUGUGGGAAGCAAACCCACUACCCAACAACUCCGUUAAAGUUUGAGAUCAUUUAUCUUUUGCUUUUUUGUCACAUACGAAACGAGAAAUAUUAUUAGUAUAUGAUUAAUUAAGUAUUACCUAUUACAAACUUGAAAAUGAGUUUAUUUUUUCUAAAAAAAAAAUAUGUAUACAAAGUUUUUGUAAAUAAAACAUAUAGCAGUUUGGGAAGCGUGCUUACGGUAAAUGAAAGAGCUAGAUCGAGCAAGGAGCACCUCCUUCCUUCGACAAUGGCGAUGCAAGGGCGCCAAAUCCCCCUCAACAGUGCAGCACGAGAUCGGAGAUGACCGGUCUCUGCAAUGGCCGCAGCGAUUCCGAAAUCGGGCAGCUGAUGCCUUCCCUCUGCACGAUGCAUCGAUGCGCCUAGGCACGACACCUUUCUCCUCCUCCGAUGCAGCACACCAAAGUGGGCUUGUGGAUGCUACCUUAUUAGGCCAAGCAGCCUAUGGCAUGCGCGUGGUCUGCGAGGCUUGCUGCAACGACGACGGAGACGAUGCAGACGACGACUGCCCUCUGUGCUUGCUGAAAUGAUUCGAGAUUCGACGACCGCCUGUCUUCGCACUCCUGCAGGCGACCUCGAGAUGCCCUCUGUGCAAUACAAUGCGGCGGCUCAAGGAGGAAGAACAAUGGGGAGGGCACAGCACUAUAUGUUGGGCAAUAGGUGAGCUCGAGCUUGGAGAUGCAAGAAUGGUGGUGCGUUGCUCUGGAAGGAAGGGUGAAUGGCCAAACACAACACGCAAGCUUUUUGGUAAAGUUCAGCUCACUGUGAAAACCGUUAGGUAAUAGGGUUUCCGGACCAUGACGGAAAGGCAUAUGGCUACCUACCUCUCGUCAACACCGUCACCAUUACUUGCCUACCCACGUUACUGAAUAGCGCCCCCUCCUCCACGCCUGAUGUCUGUCUGAACGCGCAACACAGCCAAACCUACACUAACGAGCGCGCCCUAAGAAAGAUUAAUCCAACCCAUUUCCUGAUUCUCAUUGACAUAAUGACAUAUGCACCACACCGUCUUAUUUUUUUAAAAAAUAUCAUUCGCUAAAAACAUACAAGGAAUCAUUAAUUCCAUACUAAAAAAAUAUAGAGAUGGAC